AUGGCUCAGGUGCAGGGCCAGUGCCACCCCGCCUUCUCCUCCCUCAAAGCCAUCUUUGAGCAGUAUCUCGCCUCUGGCGAGGAGCUGGGUGCCGACAUCAGCGUCAACAUCGCCGGAGAAACCGUCGUGGAGCUCUGGGGCGGCUACACGGAUGUCUCCAAGUCCAAACCCUGGACCCAGGAUACCCUCACCCCGGUCUGGUCCGUCUCCAAGAUCAUCACCAAUCUAGCCGCUUUGCUCCUCAUUGAUCGUGGCCAACUCGACCCCUACGCCAAAGUCGCACAAUACUGGCCCGAAUUUGCCGAGGGCGGCAAGCGGGACAUCGAGGUCCGCCAUCUGCUCAGCCACACCGCGGGGCUGCCAGCCUGGGAUCCCCCACUAUUGCGCGAGGAUUUCCUCAACGUGCCCCUAGCGACGGAGAAACUCAUCCAGCAGCAGCCCUGGUGGACCCCCGGCACUACAUCGGGCUACCAUCUCGUCUCCCAGGGCAACCUGGUCGGAGAGGUGGUACGGCGGGUGUCAGGCAAGUCGCUGGCGCAGUUUAUCCGAGACGAGCUUUCUAGCCCGCUCGACGCAGACUACCACCUCGGACUACCCGAGGUCGACUGGCCGCGAACCGCGGACGUCGUGCCCCCGCCCCCGAUCCCUGGCCUGGACCAGCUGCCCCCGGACAGCAUCCCUGUGCGCGCGUUCCGGGGCACCCUCCCCAACGCAACGGAGUGUAUGACGCCCGAGUUCCGGCGGGCGGAACUCGGUGCGUCGGGCGGCUUCGGCAAUGCGCGCGCGAUCAAUCGGAUCGUCUCCAUGGUCUCGAUGGGUGGGACGGUGAACGGGCGGAGGUUCCUGUCGCCGGAGUCCAUUGAUCUGAUUUUCAAGGAGCAGGUGAGCGGGGUGGAUCUGGUGCUGGGCUCAUUUCUGCGGUUCGGGAUGGGGAUGGCCCUGCCUGCGCCAGAGAAUCCGGGCCUGGAUUUCAUUCCGCAGGGGAGGGUGUGCUACUGGGGAGGAUGGGGCGGGUCCAUUGCAAUCAUGGACGUGGAUCGCAAGGUGACGAUCACGUACACUAUGAACAAGAUGGGCAAUGGGACGUUGGGCAACGGGCGAACAGGGGAGUACGUCAAGGCGGUUUAUGCGGCGCUGGAUGCGUACCAGCCCAGCUCGUAG